ACUGAACGUAUUUGAAACUACACUGUCUGCAAUGCAAAUAUGCAAUCAUAGCAUAACUACACAAGAUGAAGAUAGGUCAACAAGAAAGAAAAAAAAGUGUUAGAAUAGUAGAACACUCCUACGGUCUUGAGGAGUACUGUGACUGUCAUGUUUACGUUAUAUAGUUGUUGAUAUGGCUUCGUAUUGUCUAUUUGUUAUUAUAUGAAAUGUAAAUAGUAGCUCGUGAAUUGAAUUUCUAAGGAUAAUAGAAUUAAACUGAAAGCUUGACUUUGAAAGAUAGCCUUAUUGGAUUCAAAACUUUUGCCAUGAUGAAUGAAUCAGAUUUGUUGAAUGGAAGUUCUCUGUCAAUAGAUUCUAUGAAAAUUAUUGCAGAGAGUAUAGGGAUUGGAAACAUUCCUGAUGAAGGUGCAAAAGAAAUAGCAGAAGAUAUUACAUACCGUUUAAAACACAUUAUUCAGGAUGCAGCCAAGUUUAUGCAUCACGGCAAACGACAAAAACUAUCUACUGCUGAUGUAGAUAAUGCAUUGAAAGCUAAAAAUAUUGAGCCACUUUAUGGAUUCCAUGCACCUGAUUUUAUUCCAUUCCGUUUCGCUUCUGGAGGAGGACGAGAACUCCAUUUUAAUGAAGAGAAAGAACUUGAUUUAAGUGAAAUUAUAAAUGGCCCAGUGGCAAAGCUUCCUCUCGAAGUUACUUUAAGAGCUCAUUGGUUGUGUAUUGAUGGAGUGCAACCAACAAUCCCAGAGAACCCUCCACCAGUAUCCAAAGACCUGCAGAAAUUAGAAGCAAUCGAUCCUGUCACCAAACUUUCCAAGGUAGCCAAGGGAGAUGGACCUGGAAAACCUACAGUGGGAAAAGUGCACAAGCUGCGCAAUGUGGAGACAGUUCAUGUGAAACAAUUGGCCACACACGAGUUAUCCGUUGAGCAACAAUUAUACUACAAGGAGAUCACUGAGGCUUGUGUUGGUUCGGAUGAAGCUCGUAGAGCUGAAGCAUUGCAGAGUCUAUCAUCUGACCCUGGGCUGCAUGAGAUGCUGCCUCGCAUGUGCACAUUCAUUGCAGAAGGAGUAAAAGUCAAUGUGGUCCAGAACAACCUAGCGCUACUUAUUUAUCUCAUGCGAAUGGUCAAAGCACUUCUUGAAAACCAGAGUCUUUACUUGGAAAAAUAUCUUCAUGAGCUGAUUCCGUCUGUGACUACAUGCAUAGUCUCUAAACAGCUGUGCAUGAGGCCAGAACUGGACAACCACUGGGCUCUGCGAGACUUCGCCUCACGACUCAUGUCUCAGAUCUGUAAAAACUUCAACACAUCCACAAACAACAUCCAGACAAGGAUUACAAGGAUAUUUUCUAGUGCUCUUAACAGUGACAAGUCUCCACUGUCUUCUCUAUAUGGCAGUAUUGAGGGAUUGUCUGAGUUGGGAACUGAGGUGGUGAAAGUGUUCAUCCUGCCCAAAGUAAAAAACAUAGCUGAACGGCUAGAUUUGGCAAGUGAGGGAGGUACCGUUUCCAUUACAGAUAAAAUUGCCUCUGGACACAUCAAACACUUACUUGUGAAAGUCCUUACUCCUUUAUUGAAAUCAAGUAAACAGCCUCCUGACAACCUGGAGGAGUACAAGUCUGAGUUUGGGUCCCUGGGACAAAUGUUGCACGGAGCCGUGGUGAAAGCUCGGACUGCUGCCACUACUCCCAGCAUAGCUCUCAGUCAACCUACCAUCAUUCAUUCAGCUAUGAGUCAACCUCGCACAAUAACAAUGCCAGGAACUCCACGCCCUAGCCACUCCGGUGCACUGACGAACCCUCAGCAGAAGUAUGUGAUAGUGACAUCAAGACCACCUGCUUCACCUUCACCAGUUCUUCCCUUCCCAGGCUGGCGUCCUGGGGCUCCCACAUUACCACAAAAUUUAUUUCAUCCUGGACCAAACGUUCCUUACUCCGACUUGAUGGCUCCACCAGUAAUCUCUCGUCCUGCAUAUCCCAAUGUUAUGUCACAAAUGUUCCCCUCUCAAUUCAGUAACCAAGUACUCAGUAACCAAGAAGGAUCCACUGUUCACCUCUCUGUCCUACGAAGUCAUGUACCAUCCUCUCCUAUACAUCCUUCUGUCCCUUAACAUUAGCUAGUUUCUUUUCACACACAUCACUCAUUCUGUUCAUGCAUUGGUUCCCAAGUCUGCGUAUCAACAGAUUUCUUCUGAAGCUUAUCUUUUAUUUUCAAUGUAGAUUAUUUUCUUCUUUAGCUCAUGUUUUCAUUUCUACCUGUGUUAUGAACAGGAUACAUAAAUUUACUCAACCUCUAUCCUAAAAAUGUCAAGUCAGUUUUUAUUUUUGUCUUAGAGUAUUUGUUCAUGUAUUGACUAAUUAUCAUCUUUCUAGAAAAUUGUAAUAUAUAGAUAUUGCUGUAAUCCAAAUCAUCAAUCAGUUAGUCCAUAUUCAUUUCUUAUUUAGUUUCUUCAUGAAGGUGAGAAUUUUUAAAAUCUGAUUUAGUAGCAAGAAGUUCUUAAUUAUAAUCCCAAACUGAUAUUCUGUAAUUUUUAGAAAAGUUUAUCAAAUAAAAUAAAUUUGAUUAUUAAAA